CGACCCUAACAAGAACUCGGGGGCGUUGUUUUAGCAUGAUUGGCAAGCGAGUCAGAUAACGAAUGCCACUCCGUUUAACGUAACAUUUCAGUUUGACUUGUUGAAAAGUCGAGCUAUGAGACCAAGAAUCAAACAUGUGGUAGGGAUGGCUAAUUUAGAAAUAAGCUUACCUACCACCUUCCACCACCAAACGUUCCAAAUCAUUUACCAAACCCAAAUCAACGCAUUAAUUUCUUUAGCCUCUUCAGAUUCUAAAUUUUUAAAUAAGAUUUUAAUAUAUAUAUUCACCAAAAUCGAAGAAACAAAAUAACAAACGCAUUAAUUUCUUCUAUUCUUACUUCUUAGUCCAACAUUCAUUAAUUCGAACCUCCCAAGUCUUGUUAUUUCACCAACACCUUGCUUUCUGAUUCACCAAGUAAGUUCAAGAUUCAAUCUUUUGCCCAUCACUCCUUAUACACCAUUAAUUUUCUGAUUCAAAUGUCUAUAAUCUUUAUCAAGAUUUAGCAACUGGAUCUACAGGUUGUUCGAAGCUUGGAUUAGUUAGUCGAUAAAAUGGCAACUAACCCAGAUGAAGAGGUCGUUCUUACCGAAAACAAAGGGAAUGUGAGAUUGAUCACCUUGAAUCAACCAAAAAAAUUAAAUGUCAUUUCACCAAAAGUGGUUUAUUUAUUGGCAGAAAACUUGGAGAAAUGGGAAAAAGAUGACGAUGUAAAGCUAGUGAUAAUUAAGGGUGCAGGUCGUGCAUUCUCAGCAGGUGGUGAUUUAAAAGUGUUCUAUACUGGCAAAACAACAAAGGAUUAUUGCCUUGAAGUGGUAUAUAGAUUUUAUUGGCUUUGCUACCACAUCCACACCUACAAGAAACCACAGGUCGCUCUUGUUCAUGGAAUUUCAAUGGGUGGAGGAGCAUCACUUAUGGUUCCAAUGAAGUUUUCAGUUGUCACUGAAAAAACCGUUUUUGCCAUGCCUGAAGCUAGUAUUGGGUUUCAUACUGAUUGUGGCUUUUCCUAUAUUCUCUCACAUCUUCCUGGACAUUUGGGUGAAUAUAUGGCGUUAACAGGGACACGAUUAAGUGGCAAGGAACUUCUGACAGCUGGAUUAGCGACACAUUUUGUUCCUUUAGAUAAAUUGUCGAUGUUAGAAAGCAAUUUGGUGAACUUAAAUUCGGGUGAUGAGAAUGCUGUGAAAUCUGCCAUUGAAGAAUUCUCUACAAGUGUCGAUAUUAGUGAAGAAAGUGUUUUAAACAAACAAUCGAUAAUCGACGAGUGUUUUUCAAAGGAUUCAGUGGAAGAGAUUCUAGAAUCAUUUGAAGCAGAGUCUACAAAGGAAGGAAACGAAUGGAUUACACCUGUGCUUAAAGGCUUAAAACAAUCGUCUCCUAUUGGUUUAAAGAUAAAUCUGCGAUCGAUUCGUGAAGGGAGGAAGCAAACACUAUUGGAAUGCUUGAAGAAAGAAUUUAGACUCACAAUCAAUAUACUCAGAGCCACUAUUUCAGGCGACAUUUAUGAGGGUAUCCGAGCUCUUACAAUUGAAAAAGAUAACUCUCCAAAGUGGGACCCACCAACUCUUAAGGAAGUGGAUAGCGAGAAACUGGAUCUUCUUUUUAAGCCAUUUGGAGAAGGUUUGGAGCUCAAUGUUCCUGAAAACGAAGAACAAAGGUGGAGUGGCAAGUAUGAGGAUUCCCUUUAUGCAUGAUGAUAAAUAUGGUUCCCCCUUUUUGGGGUUGCUAGAUUCGUGUAUUUAGCAAUAAAGAACGGAAAUAAAAUGAUUUAUGGGAAUAUUUAGUGGUUUGUAAUGUUUAAGAAAAGUACCAACUACAAUUAUCAAUAAAGAAGGAUUGCUUUUCAAACUGCUCUAAAUGGAGAUGCCUGU